UCAUCGUUCAUUGGCGAGGACGCGACGUAUGGACAAGGAAAAUGAACGCGAAUAGGUCGGGUUAGGGUGGGAGGAUUCCUGUGGUCGUGUCUCUAAGGUGGGCGAGUUCUUAUAAAAUGAAAUGGGGCUGCCGAAAAGGCGUCACACCAACCAAUUCGUUUUGUACGUUCAGGAAUAUCCUAACUCGUUCGACACCGAGACCAGCGACAAGAUGCAUCUCGCUAGCUUCGCAGUUCUCGCUAUUGUAUGCGGCUGCUUUGUAUCGUACAUCUCAGCCGAGGAUGUUUUACCAGCCGAAGAAGGUGUUUCUUCGAUCCUCGACAGCAGCCCCGCCAUACAAACAGAGAACGACGCAAGCUCUGGAGUCACGCUCAACAGACAAAAAAGGACGCUCUUUUUGAAGAAGAAGCUUCUAGGUGCAGGACUUCUUGGUUUUGGUUUAGGCAUCGCGAAAGGAUAUAAAGCUGGAUAUUACACUGCACCGGAAGUUCAUCAUGUCUAUCUGUCACCCCCACCACCAGCUGUAAAAUACGUCGAAUACGUUGAGAAACCCAUUUUCGUUGAAAGGAUAGUCGAAAGGCCAGCACCAGUUUUCAAAGAAGCUGCUCCGUAUGGUGCCUGGUAACAAAACGAAAUUUCGACGGAUCGAUAAUCUAAAAUUGGACAAACGGACAAGAAAUCGUUAGGUAGUUUUACUUGCAGCGAGCGACCCUGUACAUAGGUUAAACAUGAAUAUGGUGAACAAGCGGUGUAUAAG